AUGGCUGCGGCAGGGUACGCGUCCGCCGAAGGCUCUCCACAAGGAGAGGGAUCGGGACAGGACUUUCAAGGACGUACCGAGAUGUUCCGGAACCCCAAGAUUGGCUGCCGCGUCAGGGCGGACCUUCGCACGGGACUUCCAGACUUCACUGACUACCUGAUGAGCCGAUCCUGGGCAGAUCGCCGUGCGCUCCGAACAGUUGGAGGUGAUGCUCGCUUCAAAAUCGGUGCCUUCUUAGACCUCAGAUUGGAGUCCUUGCAGAGCACAAGCCUUCCACCAAUCGAAUGGCAGCCUUCCAAGUUCUUCGCCUUUCUGAUGGCGAACAGCAAGUGGCGUUUCCAGUUGUGGAUCAACGCCUCCGCCUGUGCAUACGACAGGUUCCUCGACUAUGACUUCGACGUCUGCAUCUCCGCGAUACAGGGUCCAGAAUGCCAGCGACGGUGGCAGAGGCCCUAUGGUACGGUGAUCAAGUAUGGCUCGUGUACCUUUUAUGCUUGCGUCGACUAUACCACCUACCUGCAGCACGGGCAUGAGUUAUACCUUACCUCCACUGCCGUGUCGUACGAGGACAUUGCUCCUAUGUAUUUGACAUUCCACUAUCGGCCACCUCACGAGGGACCCGGAGGUCUUCGCCACGAGCAGAAGCAGACAGAUGCUGGGCUUCUGGGCGACGAUUACAACUGGGCUACGUGGUUGCAACAUCCCACGUCGGGCUACCCUGUGCGUUUCUUCUUGAAAGCCUUUGAGCUCGGCAAUGCCCUGGGUAAUCUCUACAACGAGAUGACACUCAAGCCCCGACGUUACACGCGAGGCUACGUUUUGCAAAGCUUCUUCAUGAUCUUCAAGAUGCCGAGACCCGGGAGUUUCGGCCACUGGUCCGAGAGAUUGGCUUUCAUCCGCCGCAUCCGCAAGAAGUACAUGGUGAAAACAGAGGAGGGCUGCAACCUCUACGAUUCGUCGUUAAAGGAGCCCUUCCAUGCGCCAUUUAUGCUUGCGGUCCUCAACUCUGCGCUUCAGAACACCAACGACAAGACCUUUAAGAGCAACUUCGCCAAGAAGGCUUUGAAGGAGUUGGAAGCGUGUGAGUCGAUGAAGUCUCGUCAGGAAAAACUCUUCGGGGAGCUCUACACGCGGCCAUACGAAGACAUUGUGGUCGAGGAGUUUCUCGAGAACCUGCCAAGACCUGUCAUCGAGGAGAUUCCCGACGCUGCGGUUCCAAUGGAUACUUGA